AUGCCCUUCAUCAUACUUUACUUGAAGAGAUUUGCAUCUUUUCUUGCUGGAAAGAACAAGGCCGCAACUCGGUUCCUUGAUAUACUGUUUGUGAGAGCCAAAGAGAAAGCUGGCCCUGUAGAGGAGUUCCAAUGGCUUGGUCUGAUGUUGUUUGUGGCUGUGCCUUUCCCUGGAACAGGAGAAUGGACAGGAGCCAUCAUAGCUUCCAUUCUUGAUAUGUCAUUCUGGGCAGCAGUGUCUGCAAAUUUCUUUGGUGUUGUGUUGGCUGGGCUUCUAGUAAAUUUGCUGGUGAACCUUGUUCUCAAAUAUGCAAUUAUCACUGGUAUUAUCCUCUUCAUUAUAUCCACAUUCAUGUGGAGCAUCCUUCGGAAUCUUAGGAAGUCUUUAAGCUCAUCAAGCUGA